AUGAGUCAUUCAGCCUCCCAGCCUCGUCGGCGGGAGCCUCGCGCUCAAUCGCCUUCCGAGUCUUCCUCCGACGAACUCGCCGCGGGCUCCGAACACGAUGAAGCCGAACGCCGUCGAGCGAGCUGGACUUUGCAAAAGGGCUUCACCCCUCAGCGCCCUCAAAAACCCGGACGUCGCUACAGUGAGUCAGAGAGUUCUGACGAGCUAGCUGUCGAUGCUGGCGAAUACUGGCGUUCUUCGCGCAAACACAACCGUCACCGGAGCCCUUCACCCAUCACCCGCCCUAGUAGCCAGGACGGCUCCCAGCGCGAAUCACAUACUACCGCCGAUGAUGAUAUGUCUGGCUCGGAUACGCAGGCCCCUGCCGCCGACGAGUGGGAGGGUCGUUCUUCUACGCCUGUUCCUCCCCCACCACCUCCCAAGCCGGAACAUCUGAACUAUAAGGAGAAGUUCGUCUUGCGCGGCCACUUGCGCGGUGUGUCGCAAGUUCAGUUCUCGCCGGACUGUACCAUGAUCGCCAGUGCUGGUGCCGAUGCGGCAGUUAAGAUUUGGGAUACUGCUAGUGGGAGACUCAUUCACACUUUCGAGGGACAUCUUGCAGGUGUCUCAACCCUCGCGUGGGCGCCUAAUGGCGAAUGGAUUGCCACUGGUUCCGACGACAAGACGAUCCGCUUCUGGAAUGUCAACACUCUCAAAGCACACACCAAGGUCUUCGACGGUCACCAUAACUACAUUUACCAGAUUGCUUUUGCGCCCAAGGGUAACAUUCUCGUUAGUGGCUCCUAUGAUGAGGCCGUAUUUAUGUGGGACGUUCGUCGAGCUCGGGUGAUGCGUUCCUUACCAGCUCACUCCGACCCAGUUGCCGGCAUUGAUGUUGUACAUGACGGGACCCUCAUUGCAUCAUGUGCUUUAGAUGGCCUCAUUCGUAUCUGGGACACUCACAGCGGCCAAUGCUUACGCACUCUGGUCAUGGAAGACAACCCACCAGCGACCUGUGUCAAGUUUUCCCCUAACGGCAAGUAUGUGCUAGCCUGGACUCUGGACGGCUGCGUCCGAAUGUGGAACUAUGUCGAAAGUCGCGUUCUCAAAACCUUCCAGGGGCACGUCAACACUAAAUACAGCUUAUCAGGAGCCUUCGGUCUCUACGGACCCUUGAAUGAAAAGUUUGAUCCACCUCUGUGCUUUGCCGUGAGCGGCAGUGAAGAUGGUGCUAUUCUGUUCUGGGACAUUGUUAGCAAGAAAGUCUUGCAGCGCCUUGAUGCCCAUCAAGACGCUGUGCUUUCUGUUCAUACAGGAAAUUUAAAGGGAAAGCGCAUGGUUGUGAGCUGCGGGCUGGAUAGGACUAUCCGUGUCUUUGAAGAGGUUGGCGAAGACCAAGCCGAGUUUGAUAACGAUUCUACACCUGUUCCCGAGGUGCUCGUGCAAAAUGAUACCCCCAUGCAUGACGCCGAGGGCGACAAUGCUAUGACCGAUGCCGAUGCCGAUGCAUCCGCUGUGCCCUCGACUGCCGCGACCCCGGCUGAAGAUGUGACGAUGACAUGA